AUGGUUACAACAGUAUUUACUAACGGCCGCAUCCUCUAUCCCGACUCAUCGGGUCGCUUUGUCUCCACGCUGGUAGUCGAAGAUGACCAUGUCGCGCACGUGGGCUGGGAAAAUGACCAAGCGGUUGUUCAAGUUCAAACAACAGCAUCAACAGUGGAUUUAAAGAAUCGAAUGGUCCUUCCGGGAUUUAUUGAUGGCCAUGUGCACAUCCUCAAUUUCGGCAUGUCGUUGCAGAAGCUCGACCUUCUACCUUGCAAGACCCUCGGAGAUAUCCAAAAUGCCAUCACUUCGUAUGCAGCAGCUCACCCAUCGGAUCCACGGAUUUUGUGCCGAGGCUGGGUCCAGUCAGUUACAGAUGGUCAGGCUCUCGCCACAGUCUUAGACGACCUAGAUCCGCGACCUAUCUACAUCGAGGCAUUGGACCUCCACUCAACAUGGUGCAAUAAUGCAGCUCUCAGAGAGCUCGAAGUUUAUUCGAAGCCUGAUCCUGCAGGAGGAAAAAUUCAUCGCUGCCACAAUGGCAUCCCAUCUGGUUUGCUCGAGGAGGCGGCUCAAUUUGACAUUGUUUGGCCAUUUUUGGACCGGGUGACAUCUAUGGAGAAAAAGCUGGCCGCAAUUGAUGCUGUGAUCGAUGCCCAUCGACGUGCUGGGUAUACUGGCCUCGUGGAUAUGGCGAUGGGAGAGAGUGAAUGGUUGGCAUUGAAUGCAUAUAGAACUCAACGUGGUGAACUUCCGGUUCAUGUGGCAGCACACUGGUUGGUGCCCUACUCGAACUGCGAUGCCGAUAUCUGCAGUGAAAUUGAUCGCGCUAUUGCACUUCAGCAAACCUUCAACCGCAAAAUCUCCCCGGAAUUUUGCAUCAAUGGCAUCAAACUAAUCUGUGACGGAACCGUGGACGGGUGUACAGCGGGAUUACACCAGCCGUAUGGCGGAGUUUCCAACAUUAUCGAUCCCAUCUGGCCUGCUGAUGCCCUUGCAGCAGCGAUUCACCGUGCGACUGAUGCUGGCCUGCAGUGCGCCAUUCAUGCAAUUGGAGAUCGAACCGUACAGCAGGCUAUUGACUGUUUAUCCCAAAUUCAGGACCUGCCAGCAUGUCGUCAUCGCAUUGAACAUUUAGAGAUAACAACCCCCGAAGACGCGAAAAGGCUUGGCCAACUCGGGAUCGUGGCCUCAGUCCAGCCUGUUCACCUAGACCCGGCGACAUUUAGCGCAUGGCCAGAGAUGCUUGGAAUUCACCGUUGCAAGCGCGCUUUUGCUUACCAAGAGUUCGUGGACGGUGGUGCUCAUUUGACCUUUGGGACCGAUGCCCCCACUGCGGAACAUCACGCACUGCCUAAUCUGUAUGUCGCUACUACUCGGCGAUCGUCCAUUGACCCUUCCUCGCAAGAGACCGUCAAUCCCGAGUUUGCUGUUUCCCUCGCAACCGCUGUCUCGGCAGCUACUGCGGAGGCUGCAUACGCGUCCUUUUCAGACUCAUGGACAGGGAGUCUGCGACCUGGAUAUAACGCCAAUUUUGUUGUGCUAGAUAUGGCCUGGGCCGUGGAAUCUCUUUUAGAAGCUCGGGUAUGCCAAACCUGGUACAAGGGAAAGAAGGUGUUCGAUCAAGAGGCGGAUGUGAUUUGA